GAGAGAAGAGAAGGAGAGCGGAGGAGAGAUAAAGAGAGCGCAGACAUGACAGGAGCGUGCGUAACGGCGGCGAGCCCCAAGCCAUAAUUUCCAGGUAUUCCAUUUCAGGACUAAGAAGCACAUCCUUCACCUGCACAACAGAGACACACCGAACCUUUGGACAAACUGAACUAAAGCCUGUUUAGGACCAGCCACAGGACACACGGGAAUGGAACAAUUUUCAACGUGAAAAUAAAGUCACUCAAUCGGCCAUUGUCCAGCCCCUGGUGCCCCCCGAGGGCCCCAUGCCUGGGCUGCUAAAUGCAGACACCUCCUCUAGCUCCAGACAGGAGCUGUUGGACCUGCAGGACUACACUCCUGAUGGAGAUACUGGUUUGGACUCCCAGAGCCACAGUCCCAUAGGCUCCGCUCCCAGGAGCCCCUCGAGUCUUGGAGCUGAUGUUUCUGCUCAUGUUUUCACUGGAGCGACGUCCUUCCAGGGACAGUUCUGUGAGCUAGGACCAGCUCAAUGUGGGAACAGUCCAAUGGAACAGGACUCGGACCAGCUGUGUGGCUGGGGGUCUCUGAGGCCCAAAGCUAUCCAGGUGUUCAACACUCCGCGCUGGGUUCUGUUCUUUCUGUCUGUGGCCUCUUUCCUCCAGGGUCUGAUCAUAAACGGUUUGAUCAACACUGUAGUGACCUCCAUCGAGAGACGCUUUGACCUGAGCAGCUCCCAGACCGGCCUCAUUGUCAGCUCCUAUGACAUUGCUGCGUGUGUGUGUUUGGCGUUUGCCAGUUACUUUGGGGGGAAUGGGCACAAGCCUCGUUGGCUGGGCUGGGGCAUCAUGAUCAUGGGUCUGGGGUCUCUGGUCUUUGCCCUGCCUCACUUCACCACACCUGCGUACCAGGUGAGCUCUGUGGAGGUGUCGGACCUGUGCUCUGGGGCUAACAGCAGCCUGUGUGAGGGCAAAGGAAGGGGAGGUCUGUCCCGGUACAGUCUCGUCUUCAUGUUGAGUCAGUUUCUCCAUGGCAUCGGAGCCACGCCCCUAUACACGCUCGGGGUCACGUACCUGGACCAGAACGUGCACUGCAGCGCCGCACCCGUCUACAUCGGGAUCUUCUACACUGCUGCCACAGUGGGCCCUGCGGUGGGUUAUCUUGUGGGGGGAUACUUCCUCAACAUUUUCACAGAGAUUCACAUAAAGGCAGAUGUGACCCCGGAUAACCCUCUGUGGGUGGGGGGCUGGUGGAUCGGGUUCCUGGGCGGAGGAGCCCUGUCUUUGCUGGUGGCCAUCCCCAUCCUGGGCUAUCCCCGAGAGCUGCCAGGCUCGCAGGAGACCGCAGCGAUCCGUGUGUCCGAGGCGCAUCAGGGGAAAGAGGGAAGCCACGCCUCCACAUCCGACCCUCAGUUUGGGAAGACGCUCAGAGACAUGCCACGGUGUGUGUUGCUGCUGCUGAAAAACCCCACCUUCCUCUUCCUCUGUUUGGCCGGAGCCUCAGACGCAAACCUCAUCGCCGCCAUGUCCACGUUCGGCCCCAAGAUCCUGGAGUCGCAGUUCAGCCUCAGCGCGUCCAAGGCAGCCGCCAUCUUUGGGUCGCUGGUGGUCCCGGCAGGAGGAGGGGGCACGUUCUUAGGAGGUUACAUCGUGCAGAGGUGUGACCUUCGUUGUCGCGGGAUCAUUCGCUUUUGUGCGGUUUGCUGCUCGCUCAGUCUGCUCUCCGCCUUCGUUUUCUUCGUCCACUGCCCCGACGUCUCCAUGGCGGGGGUCACUGCUCCGUACGGAAUCCAGCAAAUGGACUCCGAUCUGGGGGAGGCGUCCUGGGGCUCCCUCACCUCCACCAGCGCUCCGGCCAACAGCUCGUCUCUGGAUGAGCGGCUCUUGGCUCAGUGUAACAGUAACUGCAGCUGUGACAGACUCUUCAAUCCUGUGUGUGGAGCAGAUCACCGCAUGUAUUUCUCUCCCUGCUACGCUGGCUGCACCUCCAUCAACCUCACCUCAGAAGGACAGGUGUACAGCAACUGCUCAUGUGUGGUGGCUAACAGCUCACACGAGCGCUUAGCGUUGGCGGGCAGGUGCAGCACUGCUUGUCCCUACAUGCCACUCUUCCUCACAGUCUUCUUCUUCUGUAUCCUCUUCACCUUCCUCACCAGCAUCCCCGCCAUCACUGCCACCCUCAGGUGUGUGACAGAGAAACAGAAGUCUUUUGCUCUCGGGAUCCAGUGGAUUCUCGUGCGGACUCUGGGUGCCAUUCCCGGGCCGAUCAUCUUUGGUUCUAUGGUGGAUCGCUCCUGUUUGCUGUGGCAGGAUAAAUGUGGAGAACAGGGCUCGUGUUUCGUUUAUAAAAACACAGACAUGAGUCGCUUCACUCUCAUCGCUGGAAUCAUCUAUAAGAUUUUGGCGACCAUCUUGUUUCUGUUGGCGAGUUUGGUUUACAGAGCUCCGCCUGACUCCCCUCGCAGCAGCUGUGAAAGCACCACCGACCCAGGGACCGCAGACCUCAGCUGCAAGACUCCUCCAGCAGAUGGCGUCAUAGUCAACAGACACGCCAGGGACGACUAGGGACCGCCGCUCAGGCAUUCUCACAGGGAUAAAACCACUUGAAUUCAGAAUAUACUUUUUAGACUUUCAUUUGUUUUAGUUUUAUGGCGUUUUACUGAUUUUUUACUAAUUAGGGGGAGAUUCAAAUGUCCUUACAAAAAUACACAACCAGUCAAAAGUUUGGACACAUUUUUUAUUUUUUAUUUUUUUUCUAUUAUUUCCAUGAUUAUUCAAACUGUAGAUUCUCACUGAAGGCAUCAAAUCUAUGAAUGACUGCUCACUGCUGAAUCUCCUUAUUUUCAAAUGGGUGUGAUUGACAGGUGGAUUAGCCAAUCAGGGACAGGCAUGGUCCAUAUC